UAAGGCCUAGACAAUACCCUGUGUUACGUUUAUAUUGUUUUUGGUUUGAAUUGAAGAACGUUUGUUUAUUAAUAUGGCUUCAUUGGAUGCGUCAGGAAGCAAAACGGAUGAAAUACCAAAACGUAACGUUAAUGCUAAAAGAUCGGAAUAUUUAGAAUGGGAAGAAUAUUUUAUGGCCGUGGCGUUUUUAGCCGCAAAACGUAGCAAGGAUCCUGUAUCUCAAGUAGGGGCUUGCAUUGUUAACGACGAAAAAAGAAUUGUUGGAGUAGGAUAUAACGGUCUUCCAAUGGGAUGUAGUGAUGAUGAAUUUCCUUGGAAUAAAGAUGGGUCUGAUCCUUUACAAACAAAGUAUUUUUAUGUAUGUCACGCGGAGGUCAAUGCAAUAAUGAAUAAAAAUUCUGCUGAUGUUAGAAACUGCAUUAUUUAUGUUGGACUUUUUCCAUGUAAUGAAUGUGCUAAAAUUAUUAUUCAAUCUGGAAUUAAAGAAGUAAUAUUUAUGUCUGAUAAACAUGGUCACAAGUUGCAUACGAUUGCAUCGAAGCGUAUGUUGCAAGCAGCUGGCGUAAAAUAUAGGCAAUAUAUUCCGAAGAAUCAACAAAUUGUAAUAGACUUCUGUGAGAUUGACUGGAAUGCUAUGAUACAGUAUCCCACAACGCCCAUGAAAAUAGCUUCAGAUUGUUUGUCAAAAUAAUGACUAAUAAAUUAUCAUAUGAAAAAAUCUGAAUUUUUCUGCAAUAUUUAUAUGUAUAUGCAUUCCUAUAUGUGGUGAUCAAGUAAGCGUAAGCAGUCGUACCAUUUACACCAAAUGAAGAGCUCCAGAAAAUGCACAAACGCCAAUUAUACAACUCUCUCACACUCAGUCCCCACAUCAAUUAAA